AUGUCACGCGGCGCCGCCUGGGCGCUGAUCUUGGCCGUGGCCCUGGGGCUCCGGGCGCGCGGGGUGCGCGGCGCGGUGGCGCUCGCCGACUUCUACCCAUUCGGCGCGGAGCGCGGCGACGCUGUCACCCCCAAGCAGGACGACGGCGGCUCGGGGCUGCGGCCGCUGUCCGUGCCCUUCCCGUUCUUCGGCGCGGAGCACUCCGGACUCUACGUGAACAAUAACGGGAUCAUCUCCUUCCUGAAGGAGGUUUCUCAGUUCACCCCCGUGGCCUUCCCCAUCGCCAAGGACCGCUGCGUGGUGGCAGCCUUCUGGGCGGAUGUGGACAACCGGCGAGCAGGGGACGUGUACUACCGGGAGGCCACCGACCCAGCCACACUGCGCAGAGCCACGGAAGACGUCAGGCGCUACUUCCCCGAGCUCCCGGGCUUCUCUGCCACCUGGGCUUUCAUAGCCACCUGGUACCGCGUGACCUUCUUUGGAGGCAGCCCCUCCUCCCCUGUCAACACGUUCCAGACCGUGCUCAUCACUGACGGCAAGUUCUCUUUCACCAUCUUCAACUAUGAGUCCAUCACGUGGACCACAGGCACACACGCCAGCAGUGGGGGCGACUCCAGUGGCCUGGGGGGCAUCGCGGCCCAGGCCGGCUUCAACGCGGGAGACGGGCGGCGCUACUUCAGCAUCCCCGGCUCGCGCACAGCGGACAUAGCGGAGGUGGAGACCACCACCAACGUGGGCGUGCCCGGGCGCUGGGCGUUCAGAAUCGAUGAUGCCCAGGUGCGCGUGGGGGGCUGCGGCCAUACAACCUCUGUGUGCCUGGCCCUGCGCCCGUGCCUCAAUGGCGGCAAGUGCAUUGACGACUGCAUCACAGGCAACCCCUCCUAUACCUGCUCCUGCCUCUCGGGCUUCACGGGGAGGAGGUGCCACCUAGAUGUGAACGAGUGUGCUUCUGACCCAUGUCGGAACGGAGGGACCUGCACACACGGUGUCAACAGCUUCAGCUGCCAGUGCCCAGCUGGUUUUGAGGGACCCACAUGUGAAACAGCACAAUCUCCAUGUGACGCCAAAGAGUGUGAGAAUGGCGGCUGGUGCCAGGCAAAGGGCGGCUCAGCAGUGUGCGUGUGCCAGGCCGGCUACACGGGCGCAGCCUGCGAGACAGACGUGGACGAAUGUGGCUCUGGCCCAUGCCUGAAUGGAGGGUCAUGCAUCGACCUGGUGGGGAAUUUCACCUGCCUGUGCACAGAGCCCUUCGAGGGACCUCGCUGCGAGACAGGAAGCCACCCAGGGCCCGAUGCCUGCCUCUCAGCCCCCUGCCAGAACGGAGGCACCUGUGUGGAUGCAGAUCAGGGCUAUGUGUGUGAAUGCCCCGAAGGCUUCAUGGGCCUCAACUGCAGGGAGAGAACCCCUGAUGACUGUGAGUGCCGCAACGGUGGCAGAUGCCUGGGGGCCAACACUACCCUCUGCCAGUGCCCCCCAGGCUUCUUUGGACUCCUCUGCGAAUUUGAAGUCACAGCCACGCCCUGCAACAUGAACACACAGUGCCCCGAUGGGGGCUACUGCAUGGAGUACGGCGGGAGCUAUCUCUGCGUCUGCCACACUGACCACAACGUCAGCCACUCGCUGCCCUCACCCUGCGACUCGGACCCCUGCUUCAACGGAGGUUCCUGUGACGCCCACGACGACUCCUACACGUGCGAGUGCCCUCGCGGGUUCCACGGCAGGCACUGCGAGAAAGCCCGGCCACGCCUGUGCAGCUCGGCGCCCUGCCGGAAUGGGGGCACGUGCAAGGAGGCAGGCGGCGAGUACCACUGCAGCUGCCCCUUCCGCUUCACUGGGAGGCACUGCGAGAUCGGGAAGCCAGACUCGUGCGCCUCAGGCCCCUGUCACAACGGCGGCACCUGCUUCCACUACAUCGGCAAAUACAAGUGCGAUUGUCCCCCAGGCUUCUCCGGGCGGCACUGCGAGAUAGCCCCCUCUCCCUGCUUCCGGAGCCCAUGUGUGAAUGGGGGCACCUGCGAGGACCUGGGCACAGAUUUCUCCUGCCGCUGCCCAGCAGGGUACACAGGACGCUGGUGCCAGGCGGAAGUGGACUGCGGCCCCCCCGAGGAGGUGAAGCACGCUACGCUGCGCUUCAACGGUACCCGGCUGGGCUCGGUGGCCCUAUACGCAUGUGACCAAGGCUACAGCCUGAGCACCCCCAACCACAUCCAAGUCUGCCAGCCGCAGGGUGUCUGGAGCGAGCCUCCCCAGUGCCACGAAAUUGAUGAGUGCCGAUCCCAGCCGUGCCUGCAUGGGGGCUCCUGCCAGGACCGUGUCGCUGGGUACCUGUGCAUCUGCAGUGCGGGGCAUGAAGGAGCCCACUGUGAGCUGGAGACAGAUGAGUGCCGGGCGCAGCCCUGCAAAAAUGGAGGCUCCUGUAGGGACCUCCCAGGGGCCUUUGUCUGCCAGUGCCCCAAAGGCUUCGCUGGAGUCCACUGUGAGAUAGAGGUGGACGCCUGCGACUCCAGCCCCUGCCAGCAUGGAGGCCAGUGCGAGAAUGGCGGUGGGGCCUACCUGUGCGUCUGCCCAGAGGGCUUCUUCGGCUACCACUGCGAGACAGUGAGUGACCCCUGCUUCUCCAGCCCCUGUGGGGGCCGCGGCUACUGCCUGGUCAGCAAUGGCUCCCACAGCUGCACCUGCAAAGUGGGCUACACGGGCAAGGACUGUGCCAAAGAGCUCUUCCCACCAACGGCCCUCAAGGUAGAACAAGUAGAGGAGAGCGGGGUCUCCAUUUCCUGGCGCCCACCCGAAGGCCAGGCUGCCAGGCAGAUGCUCGAUGGCUACGCGGUCACCUACGCCUCCCCCGACGGCUCCUACCGCCGCACAGACUUUGUGGACCAGAGCCGCUCCUCACACCAGCUCCGGGCCCUGGCGGCUGGCAGGGUCUACAACAUCUCUGUCUUCUCAGUCAAGCGCAAUGCCAACAACAAGAAUGACAUCAGCAGGCCAGUGGUGCUGCUCACUCGCACGCGACCCCGCCCUGUCGAGGGCCUUGAGGUCACCAAUGUGACAGCCAGCACCAUCUCAGUGCGGUGGGCUUUGCACAGGAUCCGUCACGCCACCGUCAGCAGCGUCCGUGUGUCCAUCCGUCACCCCGAGGCCCAGGAGGACCAAUCCACUAAUGUGGACAGGAGUGUGGACAGGCUCACGUUGGGGGCCCUGCUGCCAGGAAGGAGAUACACCAUGUGGGUGACCGCCCUCAGUGGGCUCGGGGCACAGGAGCAUCCCACCGAGAGCCUGGCCUCGGCCCCGCUGCAUGUGUGGACCCGGCCUCUGCCGCCAGCAAACCUGACCGCCACCCGAGUCACAGCCACCUCUGCCCACGUGGUCUGGGAUGCCCCCACUCCAGGCACCUUGCUGGAGGCGUAUGUCAUCAACGUGACCACCAGCCAGAGCACCAAGAGCCGCUAUGUCCCCAACGGGAGGCUGACAUCCUACACGGUGCGGGACCUGAUGCCUGGGCGGCGGUACCAGCUCUCAGUGACGGCCGUACAGAGUGCGGAGGGCGACCAGCUGCACAGCGAGCCCGCCCACCUCUACAUUAUCACCUCCCCGAGGGACGGUGCUGACAGACGCUGGCACCGGGACGGACUCCACCCACGGGUGCUCAGAAACAGACCUCCCCCUAUGCGCCUGCCAGAGCUGCGCCUGCUCAGCGACCACGGCGCCCCCGAAACACCGACCCAGGCCCCCAGGUUCUCAGAGCUUGUGGACGGCAGAGGACGAGUGAGUGCCAGGUUCGGUGGCUCACCCAGCAAAUCAGUCACUGUGAGAUCGCAACCCACGGCUCUGGUGCUACCCGAGAACACGGAGGAGGCCCCCGAGCAGGUCAGCCUGGCCCUCCAGCUCCCCGAACGCAGCGGCAACAAGGACAUGGAAAACGCCCCCACGAACUGUUCAGAAAAUUCCUGUCAGAACGGAGGCACCUGCGUGCCAGGCAUGGACACCCACAGCUGUGACUGUGGCCCAGGCUUCAAAGGCAGACGCUGCGAGCUUGCCUGUAAAAAGGUGCCCCAGCCCUGCACGCGGCUGUUCUCGGAGACAAAGUCCUUUCCGGUCUGGGAAGGAGGCAUCUGUCACCACGUGUACAAAAGAGUCUACAAAGUGCACCAGGACGUCUGCUUCAAGGAGAGCUGUGAGAGCACGAGCGUCAGGAAGACCCCAAACAGGAAACAAAGUAACAGUCCAACACUGAAGAAAUCUUAAGGUACGUUCCCCACCACAGCCACCAAGCUGCUGGGAGGUCGGA